GUCGUCCGUCACGUGCGCAUUCUGAAGAUGGCGUCUCCAAAUGGAGGUGACGACUUUGAGUCGUCUUUGCUGAGUUUUGAGAAGUUGGACAGAGCGUCACCAGACCUGUGGCCAGAGCAGCUGCCCGGAGUUGCUGAAUUUGCUGCAUCUUGUAAAAAUCCCAUCACUAACUCACCUCCCAAGUGGAUGGCUGAGCUAGAGAGUGAGGACAUUGAGAUGUUGAAAGAGCUGGGGAGUCUGACCACAGCCAACCUGAUGGAGAAGGUCAAAGGACUUCAGAACCUGGCUUACCAGCUGGGCUUAGAGGAGUCGAGGGAAAUGACCAGGGGCAAGUUCCUGAACAUCUUGGAGAGACCCAAGAAGUGACAAAUCCCUCUUCCUCUUUGUUCUUCAAGUGAUGGGACAUUUGUGAUUUCAAGCUGAAUCCGAUCUGUGUUUAGCGAUAUCAUCUGACCAUGUUCAGACCUCUACCACAAAGACUCUCAGACAGUGAGCUGCAGCUAAACGCUGACGUCUUCUCUCCACACUCCUCAGUUCACCUCCUCUAGAUAGAUACCUUUCCUUUUAAUGGAAACUUCAAAUGAUUUACUACCUUUCACAGAGCUUCUCUGUAGCUUGUAGACCUGUCUUGAUCAUAUUUUCCCUAUUUAUUCUUAUUUCUAUUUUAAGCAUGAUUUACAAUUUUGUUUGCAAUUUGUGAGGUUGUAUGAAUAAAGUAUUAACAUGAAAAGAA